AAAACUAAUAUUUUCAGGAAAACACACUGUGAUCUGCUAAAUGAAAGCAGUUCUCUGUUCAAACGCUAGACGUCAGUAGAAUAUUUUUGAAGAGUUUUUAUUUCUGCACUUUUUCCGGGAAUUCUAGUGAAAGUUGAGCUGCUAGAAAGUUAAUCCUGGUUUCUGACUGUAGGCUGGAAGGAUGUCGUCUGUGAAGAUGUCAGAAGGAAGCGUUCAGGUACACAGCUGCACAGCUCCUCUCUUCUUCAGACAGAGUGAACCUUCCUCGGGAGAGGCCAGGAUGUCAGUUUUACUCCUUCACGGCAUCCGUUUCUCUUCAGAAAACUGGCUCAACAUCGGCACACUGGACACUCUGGCCAGGGCGGGCUGCCGGGCGAUCGCUAUUGACCUGCCAGGACUCGGUAGGUCAAAGUCAGCAGAGGCCCCGACUGUGGUGGGAGAGCUGGCCCCUGCAGGCUUCCUGAGGGAGGUGUGUGAUCAGCUGAACCUGAGCCCUGUGGUGGUGAUCAGCCCGUCACUCAGCGGAAUGUACUCGCUCCCCUUCCUCAUGGAGCACCCGGAUCUGGUCCGAGCGUACGUUCCUGUGGCUCCGAUCUGCACUGACAAAUUCACAGCUGAGCAGUACCAAAGUGUGAAGGUCCCAUCGUUGAUCGUCUAUGGAGACAAGGACUCUCAGCUCGGAGAGGUGUCACUCUGUAACCUGAGCAAUCUGGCCAAUCACAGCGUGGUGGUGAUGAAAGGGGCGGGUCACCCCUGUUACCUGGAUGACCCAGACACCUGGCAUAAAGCUCUCACAGAUUUCCUGAACACACUUUGAAGAGUUUUAUAGCACAUAUACAAAAACGACUGACACACUAUCAACUAUGGAAAUUCUACCACUAAAAUCAUUCCUAAUGACCUGAAUUUACCCUUUUUUAAACACUGUUGUUGAUGAAACUGAAAAUCACGACUUUUUAAUGAUACUACACUCAGUCACUUUGUCGCACUUUGAGAUUUAAUGAUUACUGAUGAUUAUUCAACAUGAGGUGACAGUUAAAGCUCCUGUGAGAAAGUUUCUAUUAUGAUUGAUCUGAUAUCCUAAUAGACAAAGUCAUACGUCUUAAUUUAUUGCUUAUUUUUUAUCACAUUUUAUCAUGUGAUGGUUUUGAAGAUUUUGCGGCAUCCUCUUGAACUCUUUAUCUGACCACUACUCUGCAGCUGUGAUUCAGGCAUUAAUAUCAACAUUACAAAAACAAUCUUGCUGCUCAUUUGAUUUCAUUGUCUGAAACAGGCAAAAAUAUUGAUUUCAGACUGUUUCAUAACAAACUAAAAGUCCUCACAUGAGCUUAUCACUUUUAAGAAUUUAAAUGUUUGUUGGUGAUGUGAUUUUCUUCAAAUAGGAUCACACUGACUGAUCUUAAAUCUCACUGUUAAAAGCCUUGAGAUUAUGAAGUACGUUCAGUGGCAACAUACUGAUGAAGAAAGCAGCAUUUAGUCUGUAAAAGGAUUUCAAUAACAUAGAGGUUGGUUCUCCAGCGAGGGAAAACUGUGCUUGAUCUUUAACCCACUUGUGCAUCAAGAAACUUUCAUCCAGCAAUGAAAGCUUUCUUUAUUUGUGUGGGUUUAAACAGGGUCAGAGACCCUACAGUGAGUGAUCAGUUACUACUUUUAGUAACACAAACCACAUUGAACAUUUACCCUGAGAAAUUUUAAGUACAAGAAAAGUAUUUUCCGCUUUUUUUCAUGAUAAAUUCUAGUACUCUGUAGUGGAGCUGAACAAUUAAUUGUAAAAUAAUCAAAACCGACAUUUAAAGCCUCUAACUGACAUAAACCUGCCUUGACAAUUAUUUCAGUUUUCCCCCUUUUCUUGGAAAAAUCUGACUUUUUAUGAAAAACAUUUUCAUUUCAGCUGAUGUGUGUUUUGAUUACAAAUGUUUCAAUAAAUAACCAUAAAUUGUUAAUCUGUGCAUGUUCCUUUCAGUUGUUUAAGAUUUUUAAAAUAUUUACAGAAGAAACAGAGGUUGGAAGUGGAAUACUCGUUCGUUAAUUGUAAUCACGGUAAAAAGUUCAAUUAAUCAUGAUUUUGAUUUUUGCCAUAAUCGCCCAGCCCUACUCUGUAGUAAAGCAUGCUGAGUGUGGAUCUGAAAUCAUCAUAAUCUCAGUCAUAAUCUGUGUCUAUCAUCUGGCUUCACUUGGUUUGUCAGAGAGGAGACAGUGGGAUGAAUGUACUCCUCUUUUUUUAAUGUGGUUGAUAUGAGAAAGAUUUAGAAUUGAUAAGAUAUUCCUUUAUUAGUCCCACAAGGGGAAAUUCCAAUUUACAGCAGCAAAAAUUUCUUAGACAAAGCAGGCCAUUGGCAACAGAAACACAAGAAAAUAAAACCUAUGUAUAAUGUUUUUUGGGUGAAAAAAACUGAGAAUCAUGCAUAUGGAAGCUGCUUGGUACCACAUUAAGUUGUGGGCCCACUGCACAUGUCCAAUCUGUUAAACAUGUCUUAUCUUUAACUGAGGAGUCUUGUGUAAUAUUGUGUUGGUUUAAAAGGAAACUGUUUUCAAAAUUAACUGAUGAAGUUUUGUUUUUUUAUUGUUUUUUCCUUAUGUCUUUAAUAAUUUGAAAAUGUGUUUGUUGAUUUUUUUUAGUCAGCAUGUUUUUACGUGAACAUAUGUAGGUGUGUGCAUGUGUAGUUUGUGUUCUUAGUUUGUGUUAAAUCUUGUUUUUUUUUUUCUUUCACCUGAAAGGUGAGGUUCCUUGUAUAAGCCUGACACAAAUUUUAUAGGUUUAUAGUUAGAUUAUUAUAUAAUCUGAUGUGUGCAAAUUAAAAUAGAUAAGUGUAUUUACUGUGCUUAAGUUCAUCAUCUAAGAGUCUUAUUUUUGGGGAAAUUCUCAUGACACCACUAUGUUUUUAUUAAUGCUGUCAGUCGAUUAAAAAAGUAAUUUAUUAAUUAUAGGCUUUGUAAUUAAUUAAUCACAAUUAAUAUCAUAUUUCAAUAAAUGGAGAAAGAUCACAUUUCUAGUAGAUUUAAAGAUAAUAGUAACAAAACAUUCAGAGAGGAUUCUAAAUAGCAUCAAGGCUUUCUACUAGAUUUGAAAAUAGAAGUUCCUAUUGAGGGCAAAUUAUCCACUUGCUAGUUAAAAAAGGAGUGUUUUAUUCAGUAGAAUAUGGAUUUUAUUCAUAAAAAUGUAACGCUUAAGAGCACAGAGAACUUUUACAUGUUUUAAUUAAAGUUACAAAGCAAAUUUAACUGGUUGUGUGAU